AUCUCUGGUGGUUUGUGAUGUUGCUGAAGACCUGGUGGAGAAACUGAGAAAAUUCCGGUUUCGUAAAGAAACCAACAAUGCUGCCAUUAUAAUGAAAAUCGACAAGGAUAAGCAGUUGGUGGUACUGGAUGAGGAGCAUGAGGGUAUUUCUCCUGAUGAGCUAAAAGAUGAGCUGCCCGAGAGACAACCUCGAUUUAUUGUGUAUAGUUACAAGUAUCAGCAUGAUGAUGGAAGAGUUUCUUAUCCAUUGUGCUUUAUCUUCUCCAGUCCAGUUGGAUGUAAGCCUGAACAGCAGAUGAUGUAUGCUGGAAGCAAGAAUAAGCUCGUACAGACAGCUGAACUCACUAAGGUAUUUGAAAUCAGAAAUACAGAAGAUCUAACUGAAGAAUGGCUGCGUGAGAAACUGGGCUUCUUCCAUUAAGAAAACCUCUGUAAUAAGUAUUUAUGUACCAUCCUGAUAAUACUGGAACCCGACAUGAAUACUUACAUCUAAAAAAUGCACUGUAUUUACAGCUGUCUCCUGCAGUAUCUCUCUUGUGCAGAGUUUGUGCAAAGAAUAGCAGGUCUGUCUCCUUGAAGUAACAAAUCUUUGCAGGUGUUUCCUUAUUUGUACCUGUUAAAAGGGAAUACUCCUCUGCAGGGACUCCUUUUGCACUCUUGUGACUAAUACUUCUAUAACUAAAAUAGUUCAGUUCUGGAUUUAUAACCAUCUAUAAGCAUAAUUUGGAAGCUGACGCUAACCUUUUCUGAGCUACAAAUGCAUCCUUAUGACAUGCUAGCCAUUUAUAUGCAGAGAUUGUAUCCCGUCUCUUACUCUUCAGACUUUUUGACUUAAUGUCUUCUCAAUUUUGGAAACUACUCCCUGGAAGUUAUUUAGUGUUAAAAAGACAAAAUCCUUGUACAGCAAACCCGUUUAUCUUUCCAUCGAGUCUGUGUGAACUUUCUCCAAUUCUUGGAGCUGAUUUUUGUCAUUCCAGUAAUUCCUCAGUUGACUGAGUCAAUCUUACUAAAUUUCAGGGCCAAGCUUUGUCUGUCCAGUUCUCAUGGUAACAUAGUCUUAUAGGAACUAGGUGAUAACUAAGGGCUCAAUUACAACUCUGGCUACUCUCGUACCAGAUGUCUUGCAGAUGUAACUUACUACACUGUUAAAAAAAGUUUACCUCUUUGCUCAUUUCCUGGUAUAUGAACACCUGUUAAUACUGUGUGCCUUUAAUUUGUUAGCUUUAAAAAUGACUUGAGAAUUUUACACUGCCACUUAUUACAAAUUUGGUAAAAACUUUGUUAAAGGAUCCAAGUAACAUUUUUUCCUAGUGCCUAGAGUUGCAGCUGACAUCUGUUUAAAGAAAACAAAAAGCUAACCUCAUUUUCUCUGAAUUUCCAGUCAUCUACUCCGUUUGUAGGAGUCAGGAGGUUAAUGCUUUUCAUGGUAACGAAUGAUUUAUGUAUCUUUUGUUAUAAAAGUUGGCCACACAUAGCUUUUGAGUACUUUAAUUACAAUCUCUAACUUUCUUAACUGCUUAUUGGUCAAAAUUACAUUCCAGAUAAAGCUUUUGCAGAAGUGAUAAUUUGAUUUUCAUUACGGUUCAUCUCUUGGAAACAGCAAAUAUUCUAAUGUGAAAAUAGUAUUUAACUUUUAUAAAUGACCAGUCUUUUUACAGGUCUGUUUUAUAUUGAGUAGAGUAGUUGUCUGAUACGGGCCGUGUUCAGCCCGUGCAGUGGCAAAAGGAGUGCUCAUGUGACGGUGUCUCACUCUCUUGGUCGUGAGUGUUUGUUGUGCUGCUGAAUAAGUAUCUGCGUAAGAGCAGCUUCCUGUUGAUAAUGUACUUUAAAAUACAGCUGCCCUAUCAAAUCUGUUCGGCGAGAAGGAAUGCAGUGUUAAAUUUGGAGGCCAGUAUUUCAUGCUGUGAAGCCUUUGCUAGGAGAAAGUUUCUUUUCUGUUUGUAAACGUACGUUAUGUUAGUGUUGAAACACUAAUUCCUCUAAGAUCACAAGGAAUUCCUUUGCAGAGGCCCUCAGUGUUGGUAAAUCUCUUCUUCGUUUGAUGUUACUGCUCAUUUAUUUGUACACAAAUCUGACUUGAGAGAAGCUUUUCAAAACACGUUUUAGAAUGAUCCAAUUAAAUUGAUCUUUC